AUGGCGUCCGCAGCCGCAAGCUCCGAAAAGCCUGGGUUCUUCGCUGCCGAUGUGCACGAAGCCCUCCGAAAGCGAGCCGAAUGGCUAGAGGGUUUGGGGGAGUCGGCGAUACUUGAUGCCGACAAUCUCGACUCAGAUGACAGUGAGCACUGGGAGGGCAGCACGACCGGUGCGAAGGACGAGCCAGUGGCAUCCGACGGGGCAGAGGCCGGCGGCAGCGGUGCGAAGUCCACGGGACUCAAAGGGUCCUUGUCCGAUCUCCUCGCUGCCGGCUUUGCAAGGGUCGAGUGCGAGCCCCUGGAUCUUUCGGCGGCGCGCGAGCGCUUCGCGCGGGCCGACAAGGGCUCCGUGCCCCUGAUGCUGGAAGGCCGUCCGGAGCCUCCCGCGCGGAGGUUGCAGCGGCUGAAGAUUGAAGUUUCUACCCUGGCUGCGUGGGCCGAGCACCAAAGCAGUGCUGAGGCCGCGGAUGGCCAGGAUGCCAAAAGACUUGGCCAAGAGGCUAGAGCUAUCGCCGAAGACAUGAAAGACGCCCAGGCUCCGAGCGACCCGCAUCAUAUCUGGCUUCCACCGUCGGACGGCGAGGAGCUUCGACAAGUGUCUCGCCUUGUCGCCGCCACACCCAAGGGACCCACGAAGGUGACCACAGAGCGGCUGGGAGAAGAUUCUGCUCCUUACACGCUUUGUGCGCCCUCCUCCGGCUGGCUCCUCGCAGCCCAGGCCGAAGCAUUGUCAGACCUGGAGGCCAGACUCGAGUCUGUCCGGAACUCCCUGGGGACGGCCGAGGAGGAGGCGGAGGCUUCCGAGGAGACACUGGCAGCAGCCACCUCGAGGCUGUCUCGACGACUUCAGUGGCUCGAGGACAUUGCAGAUGGGGGUGCUUGCGAGCGGCUUUCGGCGUCUGCAGAACUUUUCUGUGCAGAGAUUGACCUCGCUGCUGCAGAGGCUGCGCGGCUGGAGGCCCUGGAGGCUGAGCAGGAGAAAGAGGAAGCGGAGCUCAUCAAGCCCGUAUCGCCUACCUCCAAACAACUGGCUGAAGAGGUCACUGCCAGCGUGGAGACCACCGAAGCCCAG